AUGUCAGAUUUGAACACCACCGGCUUCACCAGCCCCUCCACCUUCAUCCUGCAGGGCAUUCCUGGCCUGGAAGCGGCCCAUGUCUGGAUCUCCAUCCCCUUCUGUGCCAUGUACAUCAUAGCCAUCUUGGGGAAUGUCAUCAUCCUGUUCAUCGUGAAGAGGGAGCCGAGCCUCCAUGCCCCUAUGUACUAUUUCCUUUGCAUGCUGGCUGUCACCGACUUGGUCUUGUGCACGUGCACCCUUCCCAAAACACUGAGCAUCUUCUGGUUCAAUUCCAGGGAGGUAGAUUUCAGUGCCUGCCUCACUCAAAUGUUUUUCAUUCACUGCUUCUUUGCGUUGGAGUCUGGCAUCUUAAUGGCCAUGGCUUUUGAUCGCUAUGUGGCCAUCUGCAACCCCCUGAGACAUUCCACCAUCUUGACAAACUCUGUGGUUGCCAAGAUCAGCGUGGCCGUGGUGCUGCGUGGCUGCAUGAUCGUACUGCCCUGUCCCUUGCUGGCGAGGCAGUUGCCAUAUUGCAGAACCAACAUAAUCUCCCACUUGUUCUGUGAGCACAUGGCCGUGGUGAAGCUGGCCUGCACCGACAUCCGCAUCAACAGUUAUUAUGGCCUCUUUGUGGCAAUCCUGGUGAUUGGUCUAGAUGUGUUCUUUCUGGCUGUGUCCUAUAUCCAGAUACUCAGGGCCAUCUUCAGACUCCCCACAAAGGAUGCCCGGCUCAAGACUUUUGGGACCUGUGGCUCCCACCUCUGUGCCAUUUUAGCCUUUUAUAUCCCAGGUCUGUUCUCCGUCCUCACAUACCGGAUUGGCCACAAGGUGGCCCUGCAUUUCCAUGUUCUCUUUGCUAAUGUGUGCCUCCUGGUGCCCCCCAUGCUAAACCCCAUCAUUUUUGGUGUGAGGACCAAACAGAUCCAGGACAGGCUGCUCCGACUCUUUACUCAUAAAGGGACCUAA